AUGUGGACGUCUGGUGUGCUGUUGGUGCUCCUGGCUUUGGCUUCACACACUGCUGCAAAGCCCAGAAACCGCUUCACUCGUUAUCCAUCAUGGAACAAUAAGAUGUACCCGAUCUGGAAGGACGGAGACCCACGAUACAAAGAUUCCUGGAAAGGUGGCAGAGUGAGCUUCAACGUGGGGAACGACUCCCCAACUCUCACUGCAGCCAAAGUUACUUUCACCAUCGACCUCGAGUUCCCUCACAACCAGAAGCUGCAGCCAGACGGAGACGUGGUGUGGGCUGAAGACUGUGUCGUCAACGGAACAAAGUACCACGAGUCUGAGCCUGUGUACCCGGCUCAGAACACAGACUGGGAGGCUGUGUUCCCCGAUGGGACGCCGCUGAAGAAGGACAAGAAGCCGGCCUACGUGUUCGUCUGGAAGACCUGGGGUCAGUACUGGCAGGUGUCAGACGGCCCGUCUUCCUCUCUGACCAUCAACACCGACGACAUCCCGCUAGGCUCCUACACCAUGGACAUCGUCAUCUACCACUACCGCAGCAAGGAGAAGUUCAUUCCUCUGGGAUAUGCCUCCACACAGUUCUCCAUCACUGAUCAAAUCCCCUUCGCUGUCUCCCUGGACCAAGUGAACGACAUCGUGGCCGGGGACAUGCGCUUCAUCCAGAACAGGGCGAUCGCCUUCACCAUCACCCUGCACGACCCCAGCGAGUACCUGAGCAACGCAGACAUCACCUUCAACUGGGACUUUGGGGACGAGAGCGGCGCUCUGAUAUCCAGAGAGCUGACCGUCACUCACACCUACAUCAGCGCCGGCUCCUUCAAACCUCAGGUGGUCAUCCAGGCGGUCAUCCCGGACAAGGCCUGCGACCCGCCAGUCGACCCCCCGACCAAGGCCCCCGGGCCACCGAUGCACCUGGUCACCACAGUAAAAGCUCCAGCACUGGCGUCUGCUAUUCCCAUACUGGUUUCCACCAAGUCAACUGGUCUGACUGUCAACAUGGUGCCUUCGGACAUGGAGGAGGACAACACAGAGGAUGAGGCCUCCUCCGCCCCCAACACUCAGCCUGCCCAGGAAGCUCCCAAUGUGGCCAUGACUCCCUCCGUCAACUCCAACAUGCUAGCUGACAGUGAGGCACAGACUGAUGCAAAGCGAACAGUGACCCUGACAGGCCAAGCUACAGUCGUGCUCGUGGCUAAGAGGGACGCUGAUGAUAAACCUGAUGACGACUGUGUGAUAUAUCGUUACGGCUCCUUCUGCACCGGCAUCGAAGUGUUUGAGGGCAUUGAAAAGGUUGAGAUUGUGCAAAUGGACAAUGCUGUGGUUGCAACACCUGACAAAAACGUUCUGGAUAUCACCGUUACCUGCCAGGGAAGCCUUCCAAAAGAGGUGUGCAGCGUGAUUCUGGACGCAGAGUGCCUGAGGCCGAUUCACACGGCGUGCAACAUGGUGGAGCCCUCCAAAGAGUGCCUGCUGGUGCUGCGUCACUUCUUCAAUGACUCCGGUGUCUACUGCAUCAACGUGUCCAUGGCCAACGACGUUAGUUUAGCUAUCACCAGUGCCAAAAUCAACGUCGACAUAGGUUCAAGUCUGUCUUCUCCAGGCGCCAUCGCCAUGGUGCUGGGCAUCCUGGUCCUGGUUUUGGCAGUAGGAAUAGUUGCAUUUUCCUACAAGCGCUUCAAGUCCUACCGCCCUCUGAAGGAAGACCUGAUAGUGCAUGCGGACCCGCAGCUCAGCCGGGCUCACACCUGCUCCGGAGGCUCGAUGCUCUGGAAGCUUCUAAACAGACGGGGAGCUGUGGACGACUGCCCUCUGCUGCAGGAGCGACCGGUGUGAACCAUCCUCACACUAUCAAAUACCAAACCAAGAAAGCUAUGAUUCACAAGUUUUCUGCACCUGACAUGUCUUUUUAUACCUUUUUUUAAAACAUAUUUUCUAAAUGACAAACUUACAAAUGUGUAAUAUUUAGGCUUUUGAUCAAAAAAAUUUCCAGCAAUUUUAAUUUAGACGUGUUCGGAUCUUUUGUACCUUGAAGUUUGGUAGUGAGUGUAUACUUUCAUUUGGGCAAAACUGAAUUUGAAUGUUUUUCCAAUAAACUUUGCCUGAAACAGAUGCAUAGCCUUGUUUACUGUGAUUCAUGACACUUUAACAGUACAGAUACCAAUGAAGCAGCCACACAAAUACUAAGACCUCCCUCCAGUCAAUAUAUAUAUAUAUA